AAAGUCGUCUGCCGCGCUCGUUUCUUCCGGUUUGUGUGGAACGACAGGCGUAAAAAAUUUACAAGCGGAACACCAAUAUAAAAUACAUACAGAUUAGCAUAAUAUCCACGCAUAACGAAAUUAGCUAAUGUCGCUGCCGGUUCCGGUUUCCGCACCGCAUCGACGCAUCCACAAGAUAUUUCGCGUUUAAAAUACUUAAAUGCUGUGCGUAGAAAGCUGAAAAUGUUCUGAAACAGUGCAAGACGUCUCUAGCUUAUGCAACUAAUCGAAUGGGCCAGUUCUAACUUCUUCAUCGUCACACACUAUCAGCUACCUGAACCCCUAUCUCUGUGACGCUGCUCGCGCUUCUUUGCGGAUUUCUUUAAAACAAAAACACUGCACAGCUACUUCCAAACUUUUGCCUCUUCAAAAACAGUCAAUACCAAACACAAAGACACCAAGCAACCAACUACUAACCAACACACUCACACUCCAAAGUUUCCAACGGCAAUCUCUGCAGUAGCCGCAGCCACAUCCACCGGAGCAGUUACAACAUUGGCAAAUAUUUCCUGAACUGGCACUUUUAAAUUGAGCCCAGUUGCGAUUGUGCUCUAAGCUAAGCAAGGCCGUAAGUGCAUUCCGAAACACAAAAGACACGCCCAUAGGAAAGUCCAAAGAUGGCGGCUUUUAUAGCAAAACAAAUGGUUGGAAACCAAUUAAGUGCCGUUAAAGGCGCUGUAGGAGGUGAUGGCGGCGAUGAUGGUGAUGACAAGGAAAAGGCAGAGGAGGAGGAGAGAGAGCGCCAGGAAGCCAUACGCGAGGCUGAGGAGCGACGCAAAGAAAAGCACCGGAAAAUGGAGGAGGAGCGCGAAAAAAUGCGACAGGACAUACGCGAUAAGUACAACAUCAAGAAGAAGGAGGAAAUUGUUGAGGCUGCGCCGCAAGAGGAGCCCAAUCCUUUGAUGCGAAAAAAGAAGACACCCGAAGAGUUGGCUGCCGAGGCGGAGCAGGAAGAGCUCGACGAUUUUACAAAACUGAAAAAUCAAAUAGAAACGCAAGUAAAUGAGCUAAAAACUCAAAUAGAGGGAAAAUGUGUCAUGCAGUGAUAUGUCAGAUAUGUCAUCAUAUGAUAAAUAAAUAUAUAUAUAUAAUAUAUUUAUUUCAAAUGAAAUGAAUUCAAACUGUUCAUUUGAAUUCGUUGAAACGAAACCAGUUAAGUUCAAUCAAUCGCAGCAUAUAAAUGAAAAAAUCAUAAUAAAGUUAAAAUACUACUCGUAUUAAUGAAUCGGCAGCAAUAAAUUGAGCAAAUAAAGUAAACCCCCAAUUCGAAAACUACGGAUGUGAAAGGCACAUUAAGCAUUAUAAGAUGAUAUUAAUAAUAAUAUAAAAUAAAAUGUUGAGAAUAACGGAAAGCAAGCGGUGAAAUCCUAUUGAAUUUUAAAAGUAGCUAAAACCUAAACCGAUCAAUUUAUAAACGAAUUAAACAAAUUGGAGAACAUAUGUACGAGUAUAGUAAACGCCUUUAAGAAUAUUCAAAUCACAUUUGCUUUGAUGAUAAUGUAAUAUACUCAAACGAAUUAUAUAAAAACUAACCGUUAUUUAGUUGAUUCAUAACAAAAUCAAUCGAGAACACUCGAAUCAAAUGAACUCAUACAAAAGGUGCGACAGAGGAGGGUUGCUGAAUCAAGUCGAGCCGUCGAAAUACGUUGCUGAAAACACUUUGGACUUUAAUGAAAAACAAUGUUGUUAUAAUUUAUAAAUAUAUUUAAAAAAAAAAAACAAUGAAAAAAACAAAACAAAUAAAUUGACUGCAGAAUCGUUGAAAUUACAACUGGUAUUCAAAUACCACUUUAAAUGCUUAACAAAAAUUCAUGACAGUUUGUUUCUGAACUCUAAGAACUCUUUUUAACAGCUGUUACAUUUUGUUUUCUUCCUAUACAAAAACAUACACAAUACCACAAUUGAGACAUACUCUAAGCUUUUUGAGAAACUUACUGAUUGAUGCUUCUGAAAUACAUACCUAUGUACUCUCGGUGUUUUAUAUGAAAUAUCAUCAACAAUUACAACUACAACAGCACAAGAUAACAACAACAACCAGAACAAGAACACCAUCAACUACAUCUACAACAAAAGUAACUUCAAGUGUAUAUGAUAGAAACAACAACAGCAACAUAAACCGAAUCAGACAAAAACAAAAACAAAUACCAACAAGAAACAACAACAACCCAUAGCAAUACUUUAAACAUUUUGUUAUGUUUCUAAACGUUGUGGACUUAAUUUGUUGUAAAUCGUUAUCUUAUAUAAUUUCCACUCAUCUCCACAAUUUCACACUUCCACAUACUCGUAUCUAUACACACACACACACACACAGACACACACACAUACACCAACACACACACACACAGACUGCUCAUAGUCGUCAUAUGCAUUUAAAUAACAAAUAAAUAUGGUGUUGUAAAUGUUUAAGUUAUGUACAGAUCGAAACAAAUAAACAAAAAAUGUACAAUAUGCAUAAAUACCAUAAAAAUAUUUAAUAUGCUAUAGUUUAUGAUAACAGCAUUAUCACAAGAAAUAUUUAUAUAUAUAUAACAAAUACCGAGGCCUUUAUGUCCCUUUUUAUGCUUUUAUUGGAACAGCUUUGACAUUCUUCAAUCUUCAAUCUUAAAUGCUUCAAAUCUGUAAAUGUGUUUCAAACUACAAAUCUACGCGUUUUUGGUUAAUUUUCAGAAUUAUUCAAAAUUUUCUUACGCAAUAGUAUCGGCAACAAAUGCUUACAUACGACGGCCUCUUCCGUCGAAAUCGUCGCUUGUUUUUCUAUCACUCUCUCUCUCUCUCGCUAUCUGUCUCACUCUGUCCAUCUGAUAAAGCAAUCCUUUAGUGCCCCUCGUUCCAUAUAAAGUUAGGAUCAAUGAAUUGCCUUAAUGUGGCUUAUUUGAAACAGUGAAAAUUUACUCCCUCUUGAAAACUCGUAGUGCAUAUUCAAUCUUUCAACUUCAAGCAAAUAGAACCAAGACAACUCUCAUAAAUAUAUUUUUAGAUAUAAUGCAGAUUAGUUUAUUGCCCUUGCAAUUCUAGUGUAACUAAACCAAGUCUUAUGCUCCUUCAACUUCUUAGCUCUUAAAACAAAAUACAUAAUUAACAAACCGCUUUCUAUAGCAAAUGUUUAUCUAGAUUCAACAAUAUCUCUACUGCGUUUUCUUCGAAUAUACGAUAUUGAAGGUCACUUUAAUUGUUUAAUAUGUAUAAGAAAUACACAUGAAGAUUAAAACGAAGAUCGAACAUAUUAUUCAAUCAUAACGAAGAUUUUAACUUAAUCAUAAAUGUUUAAAAUGUUAAAUGGUUCAGCCGACUUUUGUUUUUGACGUUAAUAUUACAGUUAUGAUAAUGUAUGUAUAUGUAUAUCAGAAAGUUUAUAGCGAACGGAAAUUUAAUAAAAUUAUAUAUAUAUAUAUA